CUUCACACACUGCUGGUAAGAAAGUAAAAUGUUACAGUCACUUUGGAAAACAGUUUGGUGGUUCCUCAAAAAGUUAAAAAUAGAAUUACCAUAUGACCAAGCAGUUCUCCCUCUAAGAGAAUGGAAAACAUAUGUCCACACAGAAGCGUGUACACAAAUGUUCAUAGGAGCAUUAUUCAUAAUUGCCAAAAUGUGGAAACAACCCACGUGUCCAUCAUCUGGCAAAGAGAUAAACAAAACAUGGUCUAUCCAUGCAAUGGAAUAUUAUUCAGCCAUAAAAAGAAAGGAAGUCCUGGCACAUGCUGCAACAUGCAUGAACUUCAGAAACAUUAUGCUAAGUGAAAGAAGUCAGACACAAAAGAUCACAUACUGUUUAAUUCCCUCCAUAUUAAAUGUCCAAAACAGGUAAAUCCAUAGAAACAGAAAGUAGAUUGGGGGUCACCAGGAGCUGGGGGAGAGAAAAUGGGGAGUAACUGCUUAUGGGUCUGGGCCCUCUUUUUAGGAUCUUGAAAAUGUUCUGGAACUAGAUAGUGGUGAUAUUUGCCCAACCUUGUGAACAUGCUAAAAUUCAUUAAAUUGUAUACUUUAAAAGGGUGAAUUUUAUGGUAUUUUAAUUAUAUCUCAAAAAGUGCAGGGGUGAGCGCUGUGAAGGAUUUAUAUGGGAUACCAUCCAUAUAGAUAGGCACUGGCUCUGCCCUCAGGAAACCAGAGGGCUUCACAGAUAAGAUGACAUUAGAGCUGAGGACAGCCAAAAGAGGUGCACAGAGAUCAAUGCUUAUCAUCAAAAUGUCAAGGUCUGACAGAACGGAGACCCAAAGCCCGAGGGCCCGCCGCCCCUUCCACCGUCAUCCACCGGGACGCCUCGCCUUCAGGGCCCCGAAGGCCUUUGUCCGGCGUCGUCCGGACGAGGGGAGAUCUCGUCCCACUGGGACAGAGCGGGCACCGCCAUGUCCCGGAUCCGCGCGGCGCCAAGGCCUAUGGGUGGCCCAGCCCGCGUCCAGCAGAGCCACCUACCGGCGCUCCUCUGCGUUCGAGCGGCCGCCAUUCUUCCGCCCCGCCACGCCCGACACCCGACGGCGCCGCGUCCUCGGCGGCUCGGCGGGGGCUUCGCCGCGGCCCAGCAAGGCUGCGCAGGGAGACAGGGGUCGGCAGAGUCCGGCCCGAGAGGCCGCCGCCAUUACGACGCGGAGGUGGGGGUGGGGCCAGAGGGUCGCUCCUGCUUCAAGGUCGGCCCGGCCCGCGGGCAGCCGCGGCCAAGGCUCCGGGUCUGGCCCCUGGCCCCCCAGCCCACCCCCGGCCCGAGGCCGGAGGGCCUGGAGGGCCCCGGGACACAAGGCCGUGGUCCGCUUCCCACCGCGCGCUCUGCCGGAACUCUAGAGCUGAGUUUUGAGGGAUGAAUGGGCUUUAUGGAGAAUCAUGAAGACAUUCCACUUAAAGGGCAAAAGCACGUUCAAAAGCUCAGAGGUGGCAAAGAACAUUGCAGGUCACCUUCUACCUGCAGGAGGUAGAAAGGGGACAGCUUGGGAGGGACGUCAAAUGCCACACUAGUGAGCCUGGGAAACCCAGCGAGUGAUGAAUUCCUGUGAAAGUUGGCUUAAAUCAAAUGGUAACAUUUGGAGAAAUUCCAGAGAGAAAAUUUCAGCUUAAUAAGCUCUAACUCUGAAUGAAGCAUCUGUUUCCUCUUAUUUUGUAAUAGCAUUGUGAUUGGUGUGAGGGGCAAAGGGGACAGCCUGUUAGUCCCUAAGGUUUGACUAGAGGGACUCUACCCCCACCCCACACACAGCAGGGACUAUGUGACCUGGGCCUUGUCAAUGGCACUGCCUCAUCCCCCCAGCCAGUGAUUGGUCCAGAGGAGAGCACAUGGCCCCCAAGAUGGGCCAGUCAGAGGCAAUGAACAUGGGGGUUGGUGGGGACCAUCAAUAAGAGGACUCCCUUCCCACUGGGCGGCUAAGUUACUAAGACCAUAACCUAGAGCUGCCUGUGGCCACCUGUUUGGCCAUUCUCCUGAAGUAUGAAAAUUUUGAAAAAUGAAAAUGAAGCCAAAACAGGGAAAGCAAGUUCAAGAGAUGAGAUAUUCCUGAGAACACUGUUUGAGCACCUGGAUCUAGCCGUGCCUGAAGCUUUUCCACAUAGAGUUUUCAGUUACAUGAGCCUAUGAUUUCCUUUUUUUUGUUUGAACCAGUUUGGGUUGCAACUAUCACUUGCACCGGAAACAAUCCUGAUGAACACAAUAGGCCAUGUUUAGAAAAAGAAGUCUGUGUACUCAAGACUUAAAAGUUUCAAGGCACAUUAAUUGUGGAAGGGCCUAUCCCUGCCAAGAUCCUUAUUAUUGCGAAUGAACUGGGCCUCUCCUCCCAAGACGGAAGUGUCUGUGACAGCGAGAGAUUUAUAUGGAGUUUAUAUGAGCCAGUGCCAUGUCUGGCUCUGAGAAAGUGCUCAGUAGAAGAGGGUUAUCUUCACUCAUUUGUCCAAGAAUCCAUUGUGUACUAAGUCCCAACACGUGCCCAGCCCGGCCCCAAGAGUCAGGAGGGCACGUGGCAGGGGCAGGUCAGGUCUAGGAGCUGCAUUCACAAGCGCACAGGACUCGUUCCCAAGUGAGUCUGUCCGCCUUCCCUGGAGACAGCCAAGAGCCCCCCUGCCAGCGAGGCUUCACAUGUGACUGCUGUAUGUUUCCCACCUGAGCAGAUCAGUCACUCUUAUUUAUCAAGCACCUACUGCAGGGCAGUCUCUGUGCUGGUGCUUCAGUCACACGACUCCAUUUAGUCCUCCCCCAAACCUUCUAUGAGGCAAGAUGACCCCAUCUACAGAGGAGGAAGCUGAUGACGUGGCUUGCCCACGGUUACAAGUUCUGGUCCUGGGAGAGGAACCUAGAUCUG